AUGACGGCUACUUUACCGAAUCUGAAGUUUAUUAUAAAUGUAAUAUUCUUAUUUUUGGUAACGCAUAUCCAUCCAUCUUUACCAAAUGAGGACAACGGCCUUCUCUCGAACCUUUAUAAAAAGGCUUCCGACCAGAAUCGCCCAUUGAUUCUAGUUUUAGACAACAACGCAAAUCGUGGUCAAAACUCCAGAAACCAAAAGUCCGGCCUGAAUCAGGGUAGACAUGACGUGAGUUUUGAAGAGACUCGUAACAACGAUGAAGCCUCAUCUCCAUUCCUAUAUCUUCAACAGUUGUCGCAGCAGAGCAACAGAGGAACUUAUAACAAUCGGGCUAAUUUCGUAAACAACCAUGAAUACAGCGAUAAAAACAGAGGUGACAACAACCACAGGGGAGAUAAUGACAACAACAGGGGAAACAAUUACUACAGAGGUUCCAACAGAGGAGACAAUGAUUACGAAAAUAACAACAACAGGGUAGACAAUAACAACAGAGGAGAUAACAACAACAAUUACAACAGAGGAGACAAUGACUACGGAAACAAUAACAACAACAGGGCUGCCAACAACAACAAUAACAACAGAGGAAACAACGACUACGGAAACAAUUACAAUAACAGGGCUGCCAACAACAAUAACAACAGAGGAGACAAUGACUACGCAAACAAUAACAACAACAGGGCAAACAAUAAUAAUAGGGGACUUGUUAACUACAUCAGGAAUUCCAACAGAGGCGACAAUGACUACGAAAACAAUAACAACAGAGGAGACAACGACUACGGAAACAAUAACAACAACAGGGCUGCCAACAACGAGAAUAACAACAGAGGAGACAAUGACUACGCAAACAAUAACAGGGCUGCCAAUCACAACAACUACAACAAUAAUAACAGAGGAGACAAUGACUACGCAAACAAUAACAACAACAGGGCUGCCAACAACAACAACAACUACAACAAUAACAACAGAGGAGACAAUGACUACGGAAACAAUAACAGGGCUGCCAAUAACAAUAACAACAACAACAGAGCAAACAAUAAUAAUAGGGGACUUGUCAACUACAUCAGGAAUUCCAACAGAGGCGACAAUGACUACGGAAACAAUAACAACAACAGAGGGGAUAACAACAACAAUAACAACAGAGGAGAUAAUGACUACGCAAACAAUAACAGGGCUGCCAAUAACAAUAACAACAGAGGAGAUAAUGACUAUACAAACAAUAACAAUAAUAGGGCUGCCAAUAGCAACAACUACAACAAUAACAACAGAGGAGACAAUGACUACGGAAACAAUUACAACAACAGGGCUGCCAAUAACAACAAUAACAACAGAGGAGACAAUGACUAUUCAAACAAUAACAAUAACAGGGCUGCCAACAACAACAGGGCAAAUAAUAACAAUAGGGGACUUGUUAACUACAUCAGGAAUUCCAACAGAGGCGACAAUGACUACGGAAACAAUAACAACAGAGGAGAUAAUGACUACGGAAACAAUAAUAACAACAGAGGAGAUAACAACAACAAUAACAACAGAGGAAACAAUGACUACGGAAACAAUAACAACAACAGGGCUGCCAACAACAACAACAACUACAACAAUAACAACAGAGGAGACAAUGACUACGCAAACAAUAACAACAACAGAGGAGACAAUAACUACGGCAACAACAACAAUAGAGGAGCCAACAAUAACAGGGGAGACAAUAACUACAAUAGAGGUGAUAAUGACUAUAUGGGUAACAAUUUGGUCGAUAAUAAUAAUAGAGGCGACAAUAACGAUAGGGGCAACAAUAGGGGCGAUAAUAAUUACAGGGGUAAUAAUAGAGAAAAUAAUAACAAUAGAGGCAAUAAUUGGGGCAAUAACGCUUAUAGAGGAGACAAUGCUGGUAACUUCCAGGGAGAUAGAGAAAACAAUUAUUACAGGGGUGCCCAAAAAAACAACAAAGUGGAUAGUGAAAUCAUAAAAUCACCACUUGUAAAGACUCUUAUGGCAAUAUCAAAUGAUUUAAGACAAGGUAUGGAUUCCUGUGGUGAUGAUGUGAAGACCACACCAAAACAAUCCGAUUAUCAAGAUGAGUGUCAACAGUCAGGAAAUUCCUGUGGCGAUAGUGAUGAUGGGAACCCUAGCACUAGAGCGGAACUUCAUUUAAAUGGGAACAUGUACUAAAAACUAAUUUGGUCUGUUUAUUAAUACAUUAUAUUGGA